UUUUUUUUUUUCACGGCAAUGGCCGCACCUGCGUCUGACGUCGACGCGGUAUACAUUGCAACCGGCGCCAACAGGCACAGCGCCGUCGCCGAUUGGGGCUGGGAUGGCACUGUUGCCUAUGGCGCCGAUGCAAAUAUAGCACUCUGGAGACCAAGGGAUGAUAGACCUGGAGGCGUCACGAGGCUUUUGAGUGGUCACAAUGGUGUCGUCAAGGCCGUCAAAUUCCUACCGUCACUGUUGCAGGGAGGUGACGAUGACAAGCCUUCUUCAUCCUCCUUCCUGAUCAGUGGCUCGGAUGACCAGUGUCUGAUGCUGUGGGAGCUCAAGGCAGACGGUAGUGCAUCACUCAGGCAGACAGUCCACGAGCACACGGCUCCUGUUCAUUGCAUAGCAGUCCUCGCCAGCAGCGAGGUGAAAUCUGGGGAUGAGCGAGCCACGACGAUCCUCGCGUCUGGCGGAGCCGAUGCAACCAUCAGGAUAUGGCGCUGCUCCGGGCCCCAUGGCGAGCUCAGUCUUUUGCAGACCAUUGCAACAAAGCCCAAGCACUUCCCCCUAGCAUUAUCCCUCAGCUGCUUGACCCAGCAAGGUAAUGCGUACAUUCUGGCUUCGGCUGGAACGAGGGACACCAUCCAGGUAUUCUCCGGCUCAGUGGCUGGAGAUGGUUCCGCUGCCGACUUUCAGCUCGCUGCUACUCUGUCCGGCCACGAAGGGUGGAUUAGAUCUCUCGACUUUGCUUGGGAGAAUACCGAUUCACCUGGGCAAGGCGACCUGCUGCUUGCCUCUGCGAGUCAGGACAAGUAUAUCCGUCUCUGGAGGGUUCACAAGGGCAAAGAGCUUCCGGCCAAGGCAGCAGCAGCAGCGCCGACGGACAAUGGGACUGCAGUAGCAGGCUCAUUCCUCCCUGGCAAGUCGCCAUCAAACAAAGCCCACCGGCUGACCGCCGGCGGUGAAGAUUACUCUGUCUCUUUCGAAGCCCUUCUCCUUGGUCAUGAUGAUUGGAUAUACAGCGCCAAAUGGGGUCGUGGAUCAAACAAGACGUUGCAGCUUCUCUCUACUUCCGCUGACAACUCUCUGGCCAUAUGGGAAGCCGACCCUGACUCUGGAAUAUGGAUCACUAGCGCCAGGUUGGGUGAGCUGAGCAAGGAAAAGGGCGCCACGACUGCUACAGGAAGCAUAGGUGGCUUCUGGACCGGUCUCUGGUCGCCGUCAGCCGAGACGGUCGUUUGCCUGGGCCGUACAGGCAGCUGGCGGCGCUGGGAUUUUGAGGAUGACGGCGCAGGCGGCGUGUGGAACCAGGCUCUGGCUGUCUCGGGACACACAAGGGCCGUGGCGGGCAUAUCUUGGUCCCGCGACGGCAGCUAUCUCCUCUCUACAUCCUUGGACCAGACUACCCGCCUGCAUGCCGAGUGGAGGACGCGAAGUUCCGCCGGUGAUGCUUGCCGGCCGACGUGGCACGAGAUGGCCCGUCCUCAGAUCCACGGCUAUGACCUCAACUGCAUUGAUACCAUUAACUCUUCCCAGUUUGUCUCAGGUGCAGAUGAAAAGCUGAUGCGCGUCUUCAGUGCUCCCAAGACUGUUGCUCGGAUGCUCGAACGACUAUGCGGCAAAGACAUCAUCGGGUCCGGCCCAGGCGAAACCCAAGUCCUACCAGAUGCUGCCAACAUUCCCGUUCUUGGCUUGUCCAACAAAGCCGUCGAUGCUGUGGAUGACCAGACGGCGGACCAGGCCGAGGCCGAGGCCGAAGCUGCAGAGGUUGAAGCUGCCAUGUCAGGAAACAAGCCCGCGGAUAACGAGAACGCAACCGUUUACCGCGCCUCCGCGCUGGAUUUUGAUCGGCCGCCGUACGAGGAUAGCCUCUCACGGCACACCUUGUGGCCAGAGAUCGAGAAACUCUACGGUCACGGCUACGAACUUUCAUGCCUGGCUACCAGUCACGACGGUAAAGUGGUUGCCAGCGCAUGCAAGGCCAGCUCGAUAAACCACGCCGUCAUCAGACUGUUUCACACCGGUCCCCGCUGGACAGAGAUUAAACCGCCCCUGACGGCCCACUCGCUGACAGCCACGCGUCUGCGUUUCUCCCAAGACGACAAAUACCUUCUGAGUGUUGGCAGGGACAGGCAGUGGGCCGUGUUCGAGAGGAGCGACGACGAGGAGCCGUGCUACAGCCUUCGUCAGGCCGAGCCCAAAGGUCACACGAGAAUGAUACUUGAUGCCGCCUGGGCUCCGUUGACGGCGAGCCAGGUUCCAGUCUUUGCUACAGCCGGACGAGACAAGACGGUCAAGCUCUGGUCUCUAGGCAGGGACGAAAAGCCUGCCUUCAAGAUAGCGCUCACGCUGCCACAAAAAGCCUCGGUUACUUCAGUGGACUUCUUGCAGAGGCCCGGAAAGGCCCAAGAGGCCAGUCUUGUCCUCGCCGUCGGCACCGAAGGUGGCAAAAUUACCAUAUAUGUGAUCGAUUCUAAAACUUGGUCGACGAUUUUAGAGCAAGUGCUAGAGCCACAUCUUUGUUCCUCAAAAUCUAUACUCCAACUCGCAUGGCGGCCGGUUGAAUCCUAUGAAAACACCCAUGCCCAGCUCGCCAUCGCCUGCGAGGAUUCCUCACUACGGAUAAUAGAGAUGGGCAGUCUGUAGCCAUAGAUGAAUACGA